AUGCCAAAUGAGAGGCUCAGUGGUGGCACGCCGUUGGGCUCACGGUCCUCCUCCAGGCUUUUUGGCGCGCCGCUGCGCGCCAGCCGAGAGAAUGCCGGGGCGGCCGUUGCCGCCCACUCCGCACGUGCCUCCUCCCUCUCCGUCACGGGGCAGCGUCUGUUUGAGGGGACGGACCUCUUCGGUGCGGUGGGCACGCCAAACACCCACGAGACGGGGGUGUUGCGGUCCGCAUUCAAGAAGCGGGGGACGCGCGACGGCGGGGGUGAGGCGCGGGUGUCGCUGCUGGCCUUUGACGCCGCCGCUGCGGCAUCGGCGGAGACGCCCGGCGCAAACGCGGAGGGCUACAACCUCGACGACCCGGAUGCACUCUUCAUGAGGGUCAAGGCGAUGCAAGACGCGGCGGAUGGACGGACGCAUCUGCAAACGCUCGACGCCUCCGCAAGGGCGCGGCCGCCCUGGUGGCUGCGCCGGUUGGCGGAGUUGAAGCUGUUUCUGAACGCCACCUGGGUGCGGGCCAAGCCGAGUGACAGUGUGGCGGCUGUGGCGGUGCGUCAGCUAGCCGCCGAUGUGGAAGCUGCGCAGGCCCUCGAACAGGCCGUGGCGGAAGGCAAGGACGGUGGGCUUUGCCGAUCCUCCGCGAGAGUGCUUGAGCGGAUUGAAGGCAACGAUAGAGAGGAGGGGGAGGAGAGGGAAAUGGCGCUGCUGUCGCCGCCGCUUCUGGAGGGUGGAGGGGCGACUGCCAUCACGAAGGCGGCUGAGGAGCCUGCUGCCUGUGAAACGUUGACGCAGCUUGUGCCGCCAUGGCUGUACGUCGGUAGCGGGAUGCGCGCGACUCACCAGCUCUCGCAGUCUCUCGUGGCUCGGCAGGAUAAGUUACUUGCGAUGAUGUCUGACGAUGCGGAGGGGGCGGCGGCGGCGAUGGAGCUGUUGGGUAUUCUAGACCGUGGCGGGUACGACGGGACACAGCGGGUUUUGUUGUGUCCGGCGGUGCAACGCCUGCACGCGUCCGUCGUGAGGAAGUCCAUCGUUAUGGACCUCUUUGCAUCGCCGACGCAUCUGCGCAGAAACCGGGCCCAACUUAUAAGCGACGGAUUUCGGGCGCAGACGCCAUGCAUUCAUGCGGAUUACAUCACGAAUGGGGAUGUUCGUCCCCUGUACGACGCCAAUGCCUUAUUUAUCCCUCGCUCGAGCGACGACUGCCAGUCAAGGGAGGCAGGCAGAGACGCCAGGAAGUAUCACUCGUUUUUUAUUCAUCUUGAUUACAUCCGCUUUCGCCCCACCGCAACGGUUGCGUGGCAGCAUACCGGUGAAGACUUCAGGGAGGCUGCGACACCAGCUUUGCAGGACGGAAUUUUUCACGCUGCGGGCGUUGCAAGCACCCCUGCAGUGGCCUCCGUUGCCGUUCACCGGCCCCAGCGGCAGCAGCGGCACGGCGGUACCAAGCCGUGGGUGACCUUUACGCAGGAGGACAGACUUGUCUCUACGAUUUUGGACAGCUACGAGCAGUAUCGCAUGGUGGAGUUGAACCUUUUGCCGCAGCUUAAGAGCCGUCGGUUCUACAAGGACCAGAUAGAGAACCUGGGGCGGCAGCCUCACCCUACGGAGGAGCAGAAACACCUGAAAGACUCACUGCUGCGACUUUUUAAUCUCACCUGUGAGCUUGAGCGCGUGUAUCUUAAGGCGAUGCUGUCUGCCUGGCGGCAACUUGCACGGCUGCGCGGUGAAAACCCCGACGAGUGUUUUGCCCGACUUCCGCAGUCCAGUGUCGGGGCAGGCCUGGACGAGGCGACUGCCACGUUCCCCUUCGAGCCGCCAUCGCAAGUUGACGGUGGCGAGGGGUUUGGAUUGCCGCGCGGGUUCUUGGGCCUCUCUGCGGGAGCUGUGUCCCUGCUGAGCGACCGCCCAGGGCCGCCGACGCCGCCGCCGCCAACUGCGCCGUUUCGCAUGUACUUGCGACGCCACGGAGAGGGGAGGAGCACGCUUCCCACUCAAGAUGAGGAUUUGCUAGAGUACACGCCUGUCAUUGAGGGGGUGACUGCAUCGCCCCAAGCUCCCCUUGACGGAGGUCAGCAACUAUCGUCGCCGGCGCCUACAUUGCAACAGGGCGACGUGGCUUCUUUUCAGGUGCUCGUGUUUGCUCGCACCAACAUGGCGGUGCCCCCACAGUUUGUGGGGUGCACGGCCCCACGUGCGCUGAAUCCUUUAAAGGUUCUCUUUUAUAAUGAGACCUUUGAGCUACGCACGAUGCAGGAACCACAAGAGAUACUCCUGCACAUUGUCUCAGUGGGCGGGUCGGAGAGCGAUUGUGUGGUUGCCACCGUCAAUGUUCCACCUGCGCUCACACGGGCGCAUCUGCUGCUUCCGUUGCAGGCCCCUAUUUCUUUUUCCUACCGUGGCACGACCUACGGCAAGCACGGAAGGGGCGUCUUGCCAGGCGUUCUUUCACUCUCAACAACGUGGACGACGAUGCAGGGGAUGACUGUGGAGGAAAUUGAGGGCCUGUUCUUGCGCGGCGAGGCGGAUCCGCUGGAUCCGCAGUACGGACCCUUGCUGGCCACCCUUAGGGCCCACUACGUGGAACUGCGAAGGGCCGCGGCGGCGUCGCCUGAAGGGGCGGCGGCCGAUCCGUUGGGAUCCAGCGAUGGCGCCGCAGAACCGACGCGACGUAAAGGGCAGCGUCGCGCCGUCCGCGCGCGACCACCGCUCCCGCUGCAAGGCGCUGACGGAAGCAGGCGACUGGAGCUGCUUCACCGACGCUGGUUGUUUCGCGCCGCCCAUGCCGCCCCGCAAGAUGUGGCGGAGGACCGUCUUUUCUCGCAGCCUAUCCCGCUGGAGGACUCGGAGUGCUGCGAGCUGCAGCAGCGCAUAGAACGCGCCGCCGUACGCGAAAGACGUGAGGCGAAGUUUAAGCUGCCCUCAGAUUAUCCUUCGAUUGGCGAUUCGGAGCUGGAUUUAUUCCCCAGCGCACUCCUCCUCAGCCCACUUUCGCGCAAGCGCAAACUCCAGCUGUGGCAGGAGCGCCUGCGCCGCCUCAAGUCCCGCCGCCGCUCCUCCCGCGAGCUCGAGGAUCAUGAAAUUCUGGAGCGGCACGUCACUUUGCCAAAGCUGCGCCCGGUGAGGGGCAUCCGCCUGACCCCGGAAAGUCAACUAAACCCGCGGCGUGAGGAGCGGCCGAAAAUAGACAAAAUAAGCCGCGAGACCCUUGUGGUGAAGCAAGACACUCGCAUUGUUGUGCACAUCAUGAAGGCGGCAGCGCUGCCGCAACGCGCGGAUGGCACACCGCUGGAGCCUUUUGUUGAAAUCACUUUUGUCUGUGAGACCGUCGUCUCACGCAGCGAGGUCGGCACCUCGCCGGCGUGGUUCGAAACCCUCAACAUUCCCUUUUCCCCGCCCGACUUUGACGACGAAACCCUCUCCCUGAUUGAGGACGACAUUGUGAUCUCCGUGUACGACAAGGUUGAGAUCCCGAUGGCCCCAACCUCGCUGCUCACGGGAGUCGUUUCCCACGAGACGCACUACCGAACGGAGCGCCGCCUGCUGGGGACGCUGCGUCUGCCGUUUUUUACCCUCUACGAGGCCGACCAAGCCCGCAUGGAGGGGCAGUUUCCCCUCUCCACCCCGCGCUGGGCGCUGGGGUACGCCCCAGACCAACGCGACGCCAGCGCUGCCACGAACCCUGCAAAGUUGCGUCGUGGCUCAUCUACGUACUCGCCCCCUUCGAUUCAGUUGUACGUUGCGCUUUGGCCGCCACUUGGCCGCGCCACGCACGGGGAACUUGACCACGCGACAAUUUCACGGCUUCUGACACAGCUGAAUGUUUCGGCGCAAUUGCAGUAUUUACACGAGAUUGCGAUGAAGUGGAGACGUGAUGCGUUGGUAGCGAUAAAGCGACUCUCCUCGGUGAAUCCCGUCGCCCACAUGCGGGAGAUUGAGCCAUUUGUCUUUUGCACCACGGGGGAUUUCACGCUGGUGUGCCGUUACCUUCUUGCGAAUGGGGGUCCGCCGCCACUGACUGUAACAACAGUAGAGGAGGCUAUUCGCUUCGUGUCGUUGUUGCCGUUUCAGACGGACCCGCUGACGUGGGGCGACAAGGAUGUGUGGAGCACAAACGCGGAGCUUCUUCGCGUACGUGCAGGUGACUACGAGGAGCUUUCCCUUUUGCUGGCGCACUUCUUGCGGUUUCUUGCGCCAGAGGAGGUGACGUUCGUGGUGACAGGGAGAGGCGUCAUCCAUCAUCGCGUAGUGUUGGUUCUGCACUCCUUUGCUGGUGAGCUUCGCCUCAUUGACCCCCGCACAGGCUGGGUGAGCCCAGUACACAACCCGCACCUCACCUUCUUUCGCGACGUCCACAUGGUGGUGUCGCACAAUCAGCUGUGGGCGAAUGUGCAGCUGAGUGGAGCCCCACACCGGAUGGAGUGGAACCUAAACGACCGACAUUUUUGGCUGCCCUGCUUUGCUCACGAGGACGAGAAUGUGGAGGCCUGUUUGCCUUUUAUUGCCGCCCUGCAGCGGGAGACGUUGCCCUUUUCUAUGCCCGACCCUCAGAAGGAGCGGGAGAUUGAGCAGCAGUUGCGCAAAGCCGUCCGUCGGGCGCUGGUUGGGUGGCGCAACAACCGACACCUGGCCUUUCACCACGGCGUUGCCCCAAUCCUCCAGGCCUUUCUGAAGGAUGCCGAGGAUGAGCUCUGCCAGCAUGCCAGUGUGCGGCACGAGGCCGUGACGGUGCGAGCCAGAGAGAUGCUCAAUGAGUACUUUAGGGAAGACCUGUUGAAGGACCCCUUGCGACGUCGCCAACGAGAAGGGGAGGACCGGAGUCGUGCCGCCGGUGGCGACGCCAGGGCGGACGUAACAAGGCCCAGUCUCUGUAUUAUGGGAAGCCCCGUGAAUGCCGCCUAUCAACCCAAUGACGCAGCCUAUCAAUGUAUCCUGCAGCAGGUGUUCGAGACCGCGGUGCAUGAGGUGGGCACCAAUGCAGUGAGUUUUGCGAUCGGCGUGUACGUCAAGGGGUACACCAGUGAGGUGUACUCUAUGUGGGUGUUUCUGGUGGCACUGUAUGAGGUUGUGGCCUCGCCGUGA